ACGUAUUUGUCAACGCGCGCACAUCAACAACUCACGCCGACCUUUCCAAACACCACCGGCACUACCUAACCCCCUUCCCUUCACUCUCUCCACCCAUGGAGACUCUCAAGCAGAUUCAGAAGCUCGAGGGCCACACCGACCGGGUCUGGAGCCUCGCGUGGAACCCACUCUCCGGUCUCAACGGCCACCCCCUAAAACUCGCCUCAUGCAGCGGCGAUAAAACCGUCCGUAUCUGGGAACGCAAACCCUCCAACUCCUGGGAAUGCCAGGCAGUUCUGGAUGAUCCGCACAGCAGGACCGUCCGAUCGUGCUCUUGGUCCCCCUCCGGUAAAAUCCUAGCCACCGCCAGCUUCGACGGCACCACCGCGAUUUUCCAGGACGUUGGGGACGAUUACGAGUGCGUCUCCACUUUAGAGGGUCACGAGAAUGAAGUGAAGAGUGUGUCUUGGAAUGCGUCCGGGUCUCUGCUUGCGACUUGCGGGAGGGACAAGACUGUGUGGAUAUGGGAGGUGUUGCCGGGGAAUGAGUUUGAGUGCGUUGCGGUGUUGCAAGGCCAUACGCAAGAUGUGAAGAUGGUUCAGUGGCAUCCCUCUGUGGAGCUUUUGUUUUCGUGUAGCUAUGACAACACUGUCAAGAUAUGGGCAGAUGAUGGUGAGGAUGAUAACUGGGUGUGUGUGCAAACGUUAGCUCAAUCUAACAGUGGUCACUCUUCUACUGUAUGGGCUCUAUCAUUUAAUGCUACGGGAGACAAAAUGGUUACCUGCAGUGAUGAUCUUACCCUAAAGAUAUGGGGAACAGACAACGGGAAGAUGCUAUCUUCGGAUGGCUUUGCACCUUGGAGUCAUCUUUGCACUAUUGCGGGUUAUCAUGACAGGACUAUAUUUUCAGUUCAUUGGUCAAGGGACAAUAUCAUUGCCAGUGGAGCUGCUGAUGAUGCCAUAAGAUUUUUUGUGGAGAAUAAUGAGAGCGAUAGUUUGGUCAAUGGACCUUCCUAUAACUUGCUUCUCAAGAAGGAGAAAGCCCACGACAUGGAUAUAAAUUCAGUGCAGUGGUGCCCUGGGGAGAAUAGGCUUCUUGCUUCUGCAGCUGAUGACGGGACGAUCAAAAUAUGGGAGCUGACAUCUGUUAGCUGCUGAAACAACUGUAUCAUAUGUAUGUCAGUUGUUAGUGAAGUCUCUUGUGAAGUGGAUACAAUGAAUGUUUAUGAGAAUGAAAGUGGUGAAGAUUGAAGCUUAUAGUGCAAUUUAUAGAGAGACGGCAUCUUCUGCAGCCAAUAACGGGACAGUUAAAUCUGAGAGAUGACAUCUGUAUGCUGCAGGAAGAACCUCUUCGCUUUUUGUAGCAAAAAUUAAGCAUGAUUAUAAAGGAAUCAUCAUGUGUAUGUCUUAGUUAUUAGAUGUAGUGUUAUCUUUUUGGGAAUAAAGAUAGUGUUACUUCUUCCUCUUGGUUAUUAGGAUUGAUAAUUUAUAGAUUUGCUAACAAGAAUGCUCAGAGAUCAACUUAUAUAGUUUGUCUUCGAAAAUUGAGCAGUAUGGUUUAUAUUCGGAUC